AUGUCUGUGUGGAUUCCCAAGAUCCUGGAGCCCUACGAGGGCGGCACAGACGGCGAUGGGCUACCGCCGGCUUUUGACCUCCUCACACGCCGGGCCGAGAUUGCGCCCGACAGGUUCAAAGGGCCGUGGCACCCCAGCAAAACCUUGCCGAAGGUGUUGAAGGUCGUGGAUGCCAUGAGAAAAGCUGGCAUCAAACGGUAUGGCGUCCUGGGCGUGUGCUACGGCGCCUGGGUUGGCUUUCACCUGGCCAGAUCGGUGCCCUCCUGGGAGCUGAUCUGUGGCGCAUCGCCUCAUCCCAGCCUCCACAUGGAAGCAGUGGUAGGAGGAGAUCCUGUAGCCUUGGCGCGAGAAAUCCGGUGCCCCUGGGCCUUUUUUCCCUGCGGUGAAGCAGGUAAAGAGGGCGCGGAUCCGCCCAUGUACGACGCGGAUGGAGACGUGUUCCGCGAGCUUGAGGCGCGCUUCCCAGGCAAAAACAAGACGAAGAGGUACAAGAGCGUUCGCCAUGGCUUCUUCGCGCGUGGUGCGAUCAAAGAUGGCAACUUCAAGGCAGGCGAUGGCGAGCAAGUCAAGCGGGCAGUGGCCGAAUGCGUGGCGGACGUUUCGUCCUUCUAUCGGAAGAGAGGCCUGCUGAAGGCUGAUGCGCGCAGCUACCUUCGAAUGUUUUGCUGCUGGUGCUGCUGUUUGCAAGGGGUCAACCAUGGAAUUCACAAUGCAGAGUCCGUCACCUUCCCGGCCCAUCUCCUGGACCUGAUCGUGGGCCUCAGGGCCUACCUACGCGACGAGGCCGAGCCACCAGUUCGGCUCUCCGACCGCCGUAUGGGGAAGGCGGUGCGGCUCAUUCGCCUUGCUGCGCUGGCAGCCGGGAGCACAGAGGUCUCUGAGCUCGACCUCUUGCUGCUGCAACACAUGUGCUGGGACAAAGAGCCAUCCCAGGCCGGCGAGGUUCGGGUGUGGCUCCUGGAGCGGAUGCGCAAUGCGCACAACGAGGACAGUGAAAAGGACGUCGUAGACCAGGCGAGUUUGCGGAGCUUCCAGCUCAAGGAAGCCUCGGCCCCAGAUAACGAGUUCCUCGACGAGCUUAAGCAGCUCGGCCAAGCUUCAGUUCUUUGCAUGCGAGAGCUCUUCCGGACCGUCGUCAACGAUGGCGACAUCUCGGAGGACAAGCGCAUCCUGCUACAGAAUGCCGGCGUGCUUCUGUCGCAGGUGGAUGGGAAGACUUGGGUCAGCUUCCCUGACAACCAGGGCCAACUCAAGGAGCUCACGCCCCAGCAGCUGUCCAAGCUGCGGCCUUUCUUCAAUGACGUGGCGGAGGAGCUGCGUGAGCUUCAUGACUUCAUGCGCACAGCAUUCGGUGAGCAGGAGCUCAAGAAGCAGGAAGUGCAGAUGCUUUGCGAUGAUCAAGGCAGCAGGUUCUCUGUUGUGGGUAGCACCAAGUGCCUGGGUAUCUACAGAGUUUGA